AUGGACAAUACAGAAGGUUCACGUCUUAGAAAAAGACCAAAUAAACUUCUAUCUGAUGCAGAACUGGAAGAGAUUGCUGCACAUUUGUGGGACGAUAGUGAAGAUGAGUUUGACUUUUCGGAUACGGAUAGUUUAGCUGAUCCGGAAUAUUUUCCAGAAGAAAUUGAAGAUGGUGAAAAUAAUGAGUUGAACACCGAUUUGCCGAUCAAUGAUGAUGAUAAUGACGGUAGAAAUGAAGUUGGUGAUUUGAUAGAAAAUGAGAUGCUACCAAACGAAAAUACAUGCGACAAUCCGGAGGCUCCAAUAUGUCAAAAGAACAUUCGAGAAAAAAUAACAUGGCGAAAAAAACAUUUAGCAAUGAAUGAAGAUGCCUUAAACUUUUUAGGCAAUUCUAGUCUCCCCAAUAAUAUUCUGGAACUUGAGACCCCUUACGAUUUUUUCAAGUACCUGUUCACUGAUUCAUUGCUCCAGACAAUUGUUGACCAAACCAAUUUGUACAGUGUUCAGAAGAACCCAAAUAAGCCGGCGAACAUAUCGAUGGGUGAUAUUCAAAAAUUUUUCGGUAUUGCAUUAUAUAUGUCGGUUAUCAAGCUUCCCAGGACACGUUGUUAUUGGAGACCAGAUAUUGGAAAUGCAACAAUUCGCAAAUGUAUGACAAUAAAUGAAUUUGAGACUCUCAAAAGUGUUAUACAUUUCAAUAACAACGAAAAUCUCUUGCCUAGAGAACAUCCCGAUUACGACAAUUUAUUCAGAAUUAGACCCCUUUUGACAGAAUUGAAUACAAGAUGUUCUUCAGUGCCAAUGGAAAACAAGCUUUCCAUCGAUGAGCAAAUAUGCGCAACAAAAUCAAAGCACCAUUUGAAACAGUAUAUUCCUAUGAAACCCCACAAAUGGGGUUUCAAACUAUUCAUGUUGUGUGAUACAUCAGGAUUCACCUACAAUUUUGAAAUAUACAACGGAUCCACAAAUACUUUCACAAAAGUGAAACCAAAUGAGAAGGAUUUAGGAGCCAGUGCUAAUGUUGUUGUUCGACUUUCAAGAGUGAUUCCGAGAAAUGAGAAUUUCCAGCUUUAUUGCGACAAUUACUAUACCUCAAUACCGCUGUUCUCGUAUAUGGCAAAAGAUGGAAUAUUUAUGCUGGGCACAAUACGCCGCAACAGGAUUUUGAACUCUAAGCUUACUAAUGAAAAAGAAUUUACAAAAAAAUCAAGGGGAACAUCUGAAGAAUACGUAGGCAAUUUCGAAGGUAUAGACCUGAGUACUGUUGCUUGGAAAGACAACAAGGUGGUAACAAUGCUUUCAUCUUGCUUUGGAGAGCUUCCGUUUCACGAUGCUAAACGCUUUGACAGAAAAAAUAAACAUUUAAUUACAAUCCCUUGUCCUAACGUAAUCAUCGAAUACAACAAGCACAUGGGUGGUGUUGACAUGCUUGAUAGCCAUAUAGGCCGCUAUAAAAUUCCUAUUAGAUCAAGGAAAUGGUACCUCAGAAUAUUUUUUCAUUUACUGGACAUCGUUACUAUCAACGCUUGGCUCUUAUUCAAGCGGUCCAAAAAGGAAAAAAAUAUCGAAGAUGAUAUGACCCAGUGGCAAUUUCGUCUCCAUCUUGCAGAAACGUUAUGUUUGUUUCAAUCGGCAAAUGACAAAAAACGAGGAAGGCCUUCAACUAGUGAGGUGGAACUGGGUAUAAACGCUAAAAGACACAAAGGACCAGCGGUACAUGCACCCCCGAAAAACGUUCGAAUGGAUAACGUUGGUCACUGGACAAAAUAUGAUACGGCAAGACAGAGAUGUGAGCAUCCUACCCUUGAUUAUAAUGAUCAGAUGCGUUCGGAAGAUUCACUGAUGGGCCCCAUCUACUUGAUUAAAAUGGACCAGUCUCAUGUUCCUUGCCUAGUUAUAGUAGAAUGGGCUAGUGCACCUAGGAGAGUUGGCAUAGAAAAAACAUUGAACGGUUUGGAUGACAUGUUACAAAUAAAAGAUUCUUGA